AUGAAGGAUUACCAUUCGUCCCCGCCGCUGACGGUUUAUCCUCCCGCAUGCAGGAUGGGAGAUGGUGCUGGAAGUUGUGCCAUCGUGGCGUCACCCGUCUCUCAGCCUUGCGAGGGGGCUGUAAUCGGCGAUGACUAUGUGCGGAUGCUUCUACACACCAUCCGUGAGCACGAUGCGGAGAAACUGGCGUUGGCGCAGCGCAUUGAAGAUUGUGUCAAGCCUGAGCGGGCGGAGACGCAGCGUUUACGUCGCGAAUUAGCCAAAAAGGAUCAAGAAAUUGGCAAGCUACAGCAGGAACUUUCAGAGACUUGCCUGAUGCUCCAAGAAGAGCGGGAGAGGGCGAAUCGUCUCCUGCAUGAGAACACAGUACUACACGCUCAGGCAGGGGAUGAUCGGGCACGUAUUGCUUCACUUCUGCGCUUGCGUCAACAAGCGAAGGCGGCACCCGCAGCUGCCUCGUCGGAGGAGGAUGCAAAUGCGGAUGGGCGUCAACAGAGGCAGGGUAGGGACAGAAAGCAGUCGUCUACUCCUGUUGCUGAACAAUCGAGAUUCAGCUCGCCGUUCCACCGUAAGAGUAAUAAGUCAUCUAAUAGUUUCGGGGGUGGCGGGACGAUGAGCCUCCGGCAGGCUGUGCUUGCUCCGCCGCCAGCUGCGGGGGAAGAAUUGCUCAAAUUAGAGGCGGAUACCGCGGUCCAGGAGGCGUUACAACCCCCACGGUCUUCGACUGUUGUCACUGCACUCGGUGAAGAGGUGCGUAUGCUUCAGGAGCAACUGGAUGCUCAGCGUGCUACGUAUGAACAGGAACGAAAAAAGCGAUUGCUUGAGGAGCGUGAACGCGCGCGUCGGCAUGCGGAGGAUGUCGAACGUUACCUCAGGACAAUCGACGACCUUCACGCACUGCACCAGAAAAGUCUGGCCGAUCUCAUUCACUACCGACACGAUACACGCAUUGAACAGCAGGAGAUGCAUGCGACGAUUGAGAAACUUCGUGUCUCUCUUGAUGAAGCCCUCACAAUUGUGGAAACGGAUCGUCGUCGGCAUGCUGCAGACCUUCAGUUGAUGCAGCGGCGGAUGGGCGAAAACACUGAUACCGUCAUGCGGCGGCUUCGGCAGGAGCUGGAGGAAUGUCGUGCAUUCUCAUUGGUGGAAAAGGAGCAAAAUGCCGCUCUGCUCGCCGCGCGUGAGGCGGAGAUUGAGAAGUUGCGAGGGGAGCUGAAGCGUGAAAGGAAGCGACAGAGACGCGUUGAGGAGCGACACCGGCUGGAGUUUGAGGGCGUGAAUAGUGAGGUGAGCCUCAUGCGGCAGGCGGUGCGGGCCAUGGAGAAGCGAGUGUACUACUCACAGUAUCACAGCCUCUCCGCGUAG